AUGCGAAAUCCGGACAGUGUAGCCUCACGAUACACGUCGCUCGCCUGGGCAGCGGUGUGCGGAUGUGAGGAGACGUUUGAGUAUCUCCUGUUGAUGGGACACGACGAUGAAGAAUUGAGCAAGGACUCGGAGAAGAACACGAUACUCUGCUUACUCGCUGAUGUAUCAAGUCCGACGGCUGCUAGUGCGCAAAUGCGAAUGGCACGACUAUACUUUGACCGCUUCCCGUUUACAAUCGAUUGGUCCAAUAUGCACGGCAAAACUGCAAUGCACAAUGCAGCAUUACGCGGCAGUGACGACUUUGUGCGGAUGCUCUGUGAUUUGGGGGCAGAUAUCGAUCUUCCUGAUUUGCAAGGGAACAGUCCUCUCCACUAUGCGAGUGCAUGGGGUCAUAUCCCAGUCGUCCUUACGCUCAUCGAGCGUGGCUGCAAUUUCAAUGCCAAAAACAAUGACGGCUUCACCGCAUCUGACUACGCAUACUCGAACAAUACCUACGAAGCUCUACAAGAUGCAGCCCGCAACAGAUUCGAAGCAAACAAGCAAUCUCGAGCAGUUGCACAGCAACAAGCGCGACGCGCCGAGAGAUAUGGGGGUGGUGCAGACGGGCGAAGGCCUCUUGGUGUCGCUGGAAUUCGGAGGCUACGAAGUGGUUCCGCAACAACGUCUGCUUCCGACAGCACAGACUAUGAAGGUGCAGUGUCCACAUCUGCACCAGGCUCGUCUCAGUUUUCGGGUCACUCUUCAUCUGGAUCUCUACCUCGACCACCUCCAUCAAACGGAACGGUUCUUACUCCCAUUCCAGCCUCCAACAGAGCUCGAAACACAUCAACAUCUUCCUCUCACGCUCCGACUCACAGCAGUCGCCCAAGUGUAUCGUCCGCGAAUAGCAGGUUGAACCCCUCUUCGGCGUCGACUCUGAGCGGACGGGGCGCGUCUAACGCAUUGUCUCCUAUUGCGUCUCGAAUGCUGGAGCGUGACGCAGGAGCAAUGGCCGAAUACCGUGUUCGCAGUGGCAGUCAUAGCAGCACCACCACAGGGGAGACCAGUGGAUCUCUGAUGCCUCCUUCAGCUGUAGCUCCCAUCCACCAAGUUCAAACUCCCGUCACGCCCAUCGGUCCUCUACCAGAGCUCUCCGACUUUCGUACGAGGACCAUUCCGAGGUCUCUUCGACCCUCGUUGUCCGCCGCAUCUCUUCGCCAGAACCCUCUUCCGUCCAUUUCGACCGUUGCAAAUGGCUCAAACCCGCGAAUCCGAGCAGGGACGUUCAACACGCCGGGUGGUUCUGGUGUCAGCACGCCAAAGACACCGCCGAUGGCAGCCACCAUUCUGCAAACGUUAAAGCGGCCAGUCAUGGCAGUCCUACCGGGACGCGCGACUGAGUCCAUAACGCAUGCACACGUUCCUGAUGGGCACACCAGACGUCCCUCUGGCUCGCUGCUUCGGGACAUGGCUACUAUUCGCACGGACUCGAUGUGA